UGCCCACGUGGCAACAAGUCUAACACCAGACGUGGCACGUGAAAAGAGCAACCCCAGUAAAGAUGUCUUUUCUGGCCCAGAAACUGCCACGUCAUCAUCACCUAUAUUGUCACGUGGCAUGAAAUCCAACACUAGAUUUUUUUCAAUUUUCCAUCGACGAUCUCUCUCCCUCUCCCUCCUACAAAAUCCAAAACAACAGAACAUGACACUCUCCCUCUCUACUCCCUUCAAAAACCUCCUCUCUCUCUCUCCAAAGAGGCCCACCUCAAUUCUCAUCUUCCACACCUCAAUUCCCCUCCCUACUCACUCCCCAACCAUGAAUUUCGCACCAGCAUCAGAACCCAAUUCCCGCUUUCAAGUCCCCAGACUAAAAUCCGACGAAACUAACGUCAUUCUCCAAGAAACCUUCAGAAAGUACACGUCCCAGAAUAUGAAGAGGAACGGCGCCGGUGUCGCCAUCGUUUGGUUCCGGAACGAUUUGAGGGUGUUGGAUAAUGAGGCAUUGUGCCGGGCAUGGACGUCGUCCGAGCUGGUUCUGCCGGUGUAUUGUGUUGAUCCACGCCUUUUCAGGACUACCCAUUACUUUGGAUUUCCCAAAACAGGAGCUCUGAGAGCGAAAUUUCUGAUAGAAUGCUUGGCCGACUUGAAAAAGAACCUAACGGAACGGGGAUUGGAUUUGCUCAUAAGACAUGGAAAGCCCGAAGACGUUCUCCCUUUAAUCGCAAAAGCCUUUGGAGCUCAUACAGUUUAUGCUCAUAAGGAGACUUGCAAUGAGGAGCUGAUCAUCGAGCAACUUGUCAACAAAGGUCUGCAAAGAGUAGUGCUGCCACUGGCGGGGCCCAAUAACCGAAAUGCUACAAAUCCGAUGCUCCAACUUAUAUGGGGUAGUACCAUGUAUCAUUUAGAUGAUCUGCCAUUUAAUGUAGGCAGUCUACCAGAUGUAUAUACACAAUUCCGUAAGUCUGUCGAAUCCAAGUGCACAAUCAGAGGUUGCUACAAGCUUCCAACCUCACUCGGGCCACUUCCUAGCAUCAGUUUGGAUGAAAUUGGUGGAUGGGGACAUGUUCCUUCACUUGAUGAGCUGGGACUCCAUGAGGAAAAGUGUAACAGAGGAAUGCACUUUGUUGGCGGCGAAAGUGCAGCUUUGGGCAGAGUAAAUGAAUACUUUUGGAAGAAGGAUUUGUUGAGGAUUUAUAAAGAGACGAGGAAUGGAAUGCUAGGACCUGAUUACUCAACGAAGUUCUCUCCAUGGCUUGCUUCUGGAAGUCUUUCUCCCCGUUAUGUAUACGAAGAGGUGAAGAGAUACGAAAAGGAGAGAUGUGCAAAUGAUUCAACAUACUGGGUUUUAUUUGAGUUGAUAUGGAGGGAUUAUUUCAGGUUUCUGUCAAUUAAAUAUGGGAAUUCUAUAUUCCAUUUAGGUGGCCCAAGAAAAAUUAAGGACUUUAAGUGGAGCCAGGAUCAAACACUAUUUGAAUCUUGGAGAGAUGGUCGUACCGGGUACCCUCUUAUAGAUGCAAAUAUGAAAGAACUAUCCACCACCGGUUUCAUGUCAAACCGAGGACGGCAGAUUGUUUGUUCAUUUCUUGUCCGUGAUAUGGGCAUUGACUGGCGCAUGGGGGCCGAAUGGUUUGAGACAUGCCUCUUGGAUUAUGAUCCUUGUUCGAAUUAUGGAAAUUGGACUUAUGGGGCAGGUGUUGGGAAUGACCCAAGGGAGGAUAGAUACUUCAGUAUCCCAAAGCAAGCGCAAACAUACGAUCCUGAAGGCGAGUACAUCGCAUACUGGUUGCCCGAGCUACAAGCGCUUCCGAAAGAUAAAAGGAAUUUCCCGGGGAAGUCGUAUACAAGGCAAAUUGUUCCUUUGAAGUUUGGAAACACAAGCCAGAGGCAUGGUCAUGCCAAAAAAGAGAUGUGGAAACAGAAAGAGAGUAGGAGAUGAGAAUCCACAUUGGUAUUGGAAUGAAAGAGUAAUGACUUCCAAUCCUUCUAUGACUAUUAACAGGUAUUGUUCUUUUAAUCACUUCCAUUUAAAGAAGAAUUAGAGAUUCAGCUUA